AUGUCGAUCUUAUUAUUGAUCAUUAGCAUUCUCUUGCGUUUUUCUCAUACAGUUUCGUCAAAACAAAUAAUCGAUAGCGAAAUCGGCGAGAAUCGAGUUCUUCAUUGUCCUCCUGUCGAUCGAAAUCGAUGGCCGCUCCCAUUAAUUAUUCAAUGGUAUCGAGCGGUAAACAAUUAUUCGACACCAGUCGCUAGUCAAUUUGAUACCUAUCCUGUUCAUAUUGAUGAUUUAUAUAUCAAACGGUACAGUCUAUUAACGAAUGGUUCCUUAAAAAUCGAUCGUAUUCAAUUGAAUGAUAAUGAUACGUUUGAAUGUCGAUUAAUUCUGAUCGAUCGCGGUUUAUUGGAUAUUAAGGAACAAUAUUUUCUUACACUUCGUGUUAACGAGAAACCGCGAUUCAUCUACCGAUCAAAUCCGCUUCAAGUCGCUCUACUUUACUCAACAAUCAGCUUGAAAUGUCACGUUUACGGCGUGCCGCCUCCCAUAGUUUCGUGGUAUAGAAUUCUUCGCGAAGAUAAACAAACGCAUAAUAAGGAAGCCGUUGAGUUACUUUUAGCCAAUAGUCAAGAAUUGAUUGUUGACAAUGCUGAUGAUCGGUCGGCAGGUAAAUAUCGGUGUGUUGGUGCAAACUCUCUUGGUUCAGUAGAAAAUGACUUUCAACUAUUUAUUCAUGGAUCGAUUUAUUGGCGACAUUUCCCGCAAAAUCAAACUGUUCGAAUUAAUGGAAGUUUAACGUUGAAAUGCGAAGGAGAGAGUAGUGAACUACUACAGUAUCAAUGGCUAAAAAACGAUCUUCCUAUCUCAGACAUCGUUUCAUCAUCAGAACGAAUACGAACAUUCAGUGAUGGUGUUCUAACCAUUAACAACAUCGAACCAUCAGAUCACGGGUCAUACACAUGUAUUAUUAGUAUCAUAAAUUCGACAACAAUCCGUAGUAAACCGGCGGUGAUUACUGUUAAAUAUCCACCUAUUCCGAAGCAUCAACAUCAAGCAAACAAUAUAACAUUGAUUCAAGGCUCUUUGGGCAUCUGUCCAUGUUUACUUGAUGCUUAUCCACCGAUACAAUCCGUGUCAUGGUACAGAAACGGACGAUCAAUUCGAAUAGCACCAAAAGGCGGAGCGUAUACAAUCAAUUCAGAAUAUGCGUUAGUGAUCAGAUUCGUGGACAAUGAUGAUCAAGGAAAAUAUUUUUGUCGUGCGCAAAACUCCGAAGGAUUUGGACUGGAUAGCACACCGUUUUUUGUUGAAGUUAAAGAACCUAUCAAGUUCCUUUCGAAACCGAAAUCAAUCUACCAUGUACAAGAGAAUGAUCGAUUGGUUUUACCUUGCUUAGCGUAUGGUGAUCCAAAACCGCGAAUAAAAUGGUUUAAAAAUUCUGAUGUACUACAUACUCCCAAUGAAAAUCUCACUUUGGAGUAUAUAAAAAAAACUGACCAUGGCCUCUACAUUUGUCAAGCAUUGAACGAACAUACGACGACUAAUAUCAGUACUCUGAUCAUCGUUGAAAAUACAACACCACAAGCGCCUUUGAAUAUUCAGUAUGAACAAAUCUCUUCGAAUGUGUUGCUUUCGUGGGAACCCGGCUACGAUGGUGGUCGAGUUCAGCAUUUUAUUAUUUGGUACCGAUUGAUACAGAAUAAAAAGCAGAAUUGGCAUCAGAUACGAGUUUUACCUGAUAAUGCGACUGAAUUCUUACUAUUCGAUUUGCAACUACAGCAAACCUAUGAAGUAACAAUUGUUGCGGAGAAUGAUUUGGGUUUAGGAAGUUUCAGUCCAAUUCUAUCAAUUUAUGUUAACAAUCAACAAGAUCUAGCCAUCGGACACCUUUAUCACUCUAAUGAAACAAACCUGCUAAGACCAUCACCACCCACUGAUCUUCAUCUAUCAUAUUCAGGUUCGAACUUGCACAUCACAUGGAAUCAAGGCGAUCUGCUCGAGUCACCUGUGAAUAUUCUUUCUUAUGUUAUUCAAUGGCGUUCAACGAUUGUUUUUAAUAAUCAACAAUCUCAACACUCAAUUGUUGUGCCACAUUCAAGUCGAUCGUAUAUAUUAAAAGAUGUCAAACAAUCGAAGUAUGUUAUUCAAAUAAUAUCAUACUCGGAACAAGGAAUUUACAGUAGUCCAGUGGAAGCCGAUAUUAAUAUUCAGUUUCAUUCGAUUCUGGCUUAUUAUGGUUCAAAUCGUUCAUUGAUAUCGACAUUCUGUUUUUUGACUGUGGUGACAGUUGCAUCUUUAUGCAUCUGUUUAUUUUGUGCUCUGAAACAUUACUACCAUCGACAAUCAUAUUGUACAAGCCGCAAAUCUCAUUCCCAUUGGUUAUGUUGCUGUUUUCCAUCAAUUCAAUAUCGUUUGGAUAGCUGCUCUCCGCUGGAAAAAGAUCGCUAUAGUGCAAGUCUUCUUAAAACUAAAGAACUUCAACCAUCACCCAUGUAUUCCGCUCGUCACCAAAUAACAUCACAAACAAUUGCCAAUCCUCUUCGAUCACUGUCUUCACUGGACAGUUGCAAUGAAUCAUCUAUUUCCUUAGCUAAAGUCACAUCGAUUCCAAGUUGUCGAAAUUCGAUCAUAUCGAACACAAGUGACCUACCACAAACAACUUGUGUCACAAUGCCCAACGAAGUUUCACACGUGAUACCAUCGUCUGCUCUUACUCUAGUCCUAGUUCCUAAUGCAAAUGAUGAGACGAAAAUGACUUCAUUCUUCCAAUCAAUUCCUCUUAAUAAUGCAUCAUAUGUCGAUCAUGAAGUUCGCAAAAAUAGUUCUCGUCUACCACUUGAAGCCGUACCAGAAUUAAGCGAACUAACUGUCGAUAAUAGUCGACACAGUUACGCUCCGUCUAUCUCAUCUACUAUCCAAACUUCUCAACAAACGCAAUCAGUACAACCUAGUCCGAUUCUUGUCACAUUCGAUUCAAAUUCAUUAAAACGUCGAACUUAA